AUGACGCAAAAACCCAAGCACAUUGUAGCUGCCGGUAAUGCCCUCAUCAGUGUCACCGUUUACAAGUCAACGGCCAAUCAAAAGGCUGGUAUUAAGGUGGUCCAAAAGGCAGAUGGGGUUUACAUUACGGCCAUUGCCAAGGGCGGGCUGUUGGAUGGAACUCGAGUGGACGUGGGGGACAAGUUACUCUCGAUUAAUGGGCGACGCAUGAGGCAAGGUCAGGAUACCAAGGAUUUUAUGAAACUGAUUUCAACUGCAAAUGAUAAGGUGACAAUUGUCGUGAAGAAAGACAAGGGCCCGACGCAAAAGACAGUCGGCAAGUCACCAGGUAAGACCAAGAAACUGGUGGAACGAGACGUCUUCAGGACCAAAGAUGGAAGUUUUGAUUACAAUAUUAAUCCGAAAUUGGAAGAGUUUGAAAGGUCAAUUUCAAAGUUUGAUGACGAGUAUGAGCAAUGUCCCAUAUCCGUCAACAAACUAUUUCCAGAACAAGGAGCCGGGCUUGUCUUCAAGAAGAAGGAGGAUAUGCUUUUUGUCAGUGGAAUUACCUUGGAUAGCAUAUUUGCUGAUACAGAGCUUGAAUUUGGUGACCGCAUUGUAUCGGUGAUGGAUGUCAACUUUAUGAACUAUGCAGAUGAGAAAUAUGCAAAAACAUUGCUGAAACGAGCCAAGGGAGAGGUUCAUAUCGUCGUUGAAAAGGGAUGGAACAAAUUAGAAAAGGUUGAACGGGACGCGCGUCAUGGUAUGCCAAGGCAAGAUUCCAUGGUUAUUCCCAAAAAGAGAGGGAAGGUUACCAUUACAAAGGACACUUCUGCCAAGCCCAUGGAGAGUUUGAAAGAAGCGGAGGCAACAGAUAUUGCAGACGAGGACGAGGACCAGGAUGCUGUUCCUCCCGCUCCAGAAGAAGAUGGUGAGAAUCCACUGGUGUUUUCACCGGAAGAGCCCGAAUCGAGAAAGACACUUGUAAAAGGAAAAGAAGACGAGAGUCCUGGAGCCGAGGCUCCCGUCCCAAUUCAACCAGAAGAGCCCACCCCGAGAAAGACUCUUGCACUCGAGAAGGAAGAGAGUCCUAGUCCAGCUACGGUUACAAUCGACACAACAGAGAAAGAAAGUCCAAGCCCAAUGCACUCGUAUGCAUCCCAGAGUCCUGCGAAAUCAUUCACACCGAAUAGACAAAGCCCGAGUCCAGCGAAUGGGAACAAGCCAAGAAAGUUUCUUCCACCAAUGCCCAAGGAAAGCAAAAAGAGGCCGAGCAAGACUGACGUGGAUGCUGGUGACGUCGUGUCAAGGAUGCUAAACAAACUGGAUAACGAGCGCAAGGGAAUCAAGGAGCGACAUCGAGUGCGACUAAACCAAUCAUUCGAUGAUGCAGCAGCCGACGACAACAAUGUCAGUCAAGAAGUGACACCCGAAAAGAAAACUCCGCUGAGGCUCCCUGUGAGAAAAUAUUCCAGUCCAUCCUCAAAUGGCUUCUCCACUCCAAGUAAGACCGGGCUCGCAAAGAAUAAUUUGCUGCAAAAUCAUCCAGGGGGUUACUUGUCCAUCUCGGUCCGGAAGAAGUCGGAACGUUCUCCAGGAAUUAAGUUGCGAAGAAAGGACAAUAUUUUUAUUUUGGAUCGUCUCCCCCAUGAUGAGAAUCGAAUUCCUCUGGGAGUGCAAGUCUUGGCCAUUAACGGGGAUGAUAGUUUUGGUACAGUAGUCAAGGCGAAUGAGCUCAUUGAUUCAAGGAAGCAGGAGGUUGAAUUAUCUGUGAGCUUUGAGGGGUUGAUUGCAGUUCGUGCAUCGGACGAUCAAUGA